UCGCCUUGAGUUUGAAUCGGGCUGUUGCGAGUGUCUGGCUCGGUGGGCGGGUGUGUGUCUUUGUGUGUGUGUGUGUGUGUUUUUGUGUGCGCGGACGCACACACACACCCCGAGAGCGUUGCGAGAGCAUCGGGUUUCAACUUUGGACCGAAGCGACGGUGUGGUUUUCCCGUCCGAGAAGCGGCCAGCCGCGAGAACCACGGAACGAGAAGAAAGGAAGAACGAGAAGGAAAGGAAGAAAGUGGGAAAGGGAAGGGAAGGGAAGAAGGGAAGGGAAGAAAGAAAAGGGAAGAGAGUAGAAAAGGGAAGGAGGAAAGAAUAGGAAAGAAGGAAGAAGGAAAGGAAAGAAAGAAAGAAAGAGAAGGGAAGGAAAAAAGUAGAAAAGGGAAGGAACGAAAAGAAGGGAAGAAAGAGAAGGAAAGAAAGUAGGAAAGGAAAGGAAAGGAAAGGAAGGAGAAGUAGGAGAAACGCAAAGGAUCCCUUGAUCCACCCCAGCCAACUUGGGCAAAAUCAAGCAAGGCUUCCGAAAGAUCCUUAGAUCCUUUGCACGGAUUUUGCGAAGGGUUCCGCCAGAUCCGGAGCGUCUCUAAAGGAAGGAAGCCUCCCGCGAUCGGCUCCGUCUGAAUGCAGAAAAGCAGGGAAGAUGGAUACCUUCAGCACUAAGAAUUUGGCUCUCCAAGCUCAGAAGAAGCUGCUGAGCAAGAUGGCCUCCAAAAACAUGGCCAGCAUCUUCAUCGAUGACAUCAGCAGCGAGAUCCUGGACGAGCUCUACCGGGUCACCAAGGAAUACACUCACAACCGCAAAGAAGCCCAAAAGGUCAUCAAGAACCUGAUCAAGAUCGUGGUGAAGUUGGGCGUCUUGUACCGCAACAAGCAGUUCGCCGUCGAAGAGCUGGUCUUGAUGGACCGCUUCCGUAAGAAGCUCCAUACCUUGGCCAUGACGGCGGUCAGCUUCUACCAGGUAGACUUCACUUUCGACCGCCGGGUCAUGUCCAACAUGCUCAACGAAUGCCGCGACCUGCUCCACCAAGCCGUCAACACGCACCUGACCGGCAAGUCCCAUUCUCGGAUCAACCAUGUCUUCAACCAUUUCGCGGACUACGAGUUCCUCUCCGCGCUCUACGGUUCUUCGGAGCCCUACCAGACCCACCUGCAACGGAUCUGCGAAGGGCUGAACCAAAUGUUGGAUGAAGGCAACAUCUGAAACACCGAAGCCUGUAUCUUCAAGACUCCGGUGGACUCCUUGACUUUGGUUUCUCCACCCUCCGGAUCUGCUUUUGACGUAAUGGAGGAGUAUUUUACGAAUGAGAUUGUGGGGUGUUCUUGUUGUUGUUGUUGUUUUUAGUGAUGGAUGGUUUCACCUUGGGUUUUUCCACUGUCCUCUCUUAACUUUCUCCAAGAGACUAAAGGAGGUUUAUAAAGGGUUUGGGUGGAAGGCAACCAGGGCCAACUCUGAUGGAGACCAUCAUUGAGGGCCAUCUCCAGAUUUGUUCUUGAACAGAACAGAAUGACAGAGUUGGAAGGGACCAUGGAGGUCUUCUAGUCCAGAGGUCUUCAACCUUGGCAGCUUUAAGACUUGUGGACUUCAACUCCCAGAAUUCUGGGAGUUGAAGUCCACAAGUCUUAAAGCUGCCAAGGUUGAAGACCUCUGUUCUAGUCCAAUCCCCUGGAUUUUUGACUUAAAUAAUUGACUUCCACUCUGGUACCUCUUCAACCUGAAAGGGCUAAAGAGGUGGGUUACACCGCAAGCUAUUUCCAGACCCCUGUGUUGUCUUGCUAACAACAGCGUAACAAAGUGGGAAGGGACCUUGGAGGUCUUCUAGUCCAACCCCUUGCUCAGGCAGGAAAUCCGAUACCAAAGCAGAACAAACGGUUGUCCAAGCUCUUCUUAAAAACUUCCGGUAUUGGAGCACCCACAACUUCUGGAGGCAAGUAGUUCCACAGAUUGAUUGUUCUCACUGUUAGGAAGUUUCUCCUUAGUUCUAGAUUGCUUCUCUCCUUGACGAGUUUCCAUCCGUUGCUUCUUGUCCUGCCUUCAGGUGCUUUGGAGAAUAGCUUGACUCCCUCUUCUUUGGGGCAGCCCCUCAAAAACUGGAAGACUGCUAUCGUGUCACCCUGAGUCCUCCUUUUCAUUAAAUUAGACAUACCCAAUUCCAGCAACCGUUCUUUAUAUAUUGUCCCCCUAAUCAUCUUUGUCGCUCUUCUCUGCACGUCUGCAUCUGGUCUUCUUCUAGAAUAGAAGAUGCAUCUGUGGGAGCAACUAAACCAAAGAUUUGAUUUGGUUGGGCCUUCUAACUUUCACCAAAUCUUUUCAAGGAGCUCCUUUGGCCAAGUGGGACAUCGAUGGUCUUUCUUCCCAACGUGGCUGGCAUUCGCACAUAAACGCAACUCUUAAAGGUCCAUUGCGCUUCUCCAAAUGUUCCACUUCCCACCGGCAGCUUAUUUAGCUUUGGCAGUCAGCCAAGGAGCUCCUGUGGAAAUGCUUUCAAGUUGGAAGGAACCCGGAGGGCAUCCAUCUGAUCUGAGAGAAAAACUGCACUGAAGCACCCACAAUUGUUGGCUCUCCAGCCUUCAUGGUCAAAACUCAAAGGAUUGUGGGGGUUUUUGGUUGUAACAUUCAUCUACAUUCUAUCUUACUGUAAUUUGAUUCUGUGCCCUGCCCAGUGUUUUGGCAACUUUAAGAGGGGUAGACUUUGAUUCCCAGAAUCCCCCAGCUGGCAUGCUUUAAGAUGGGUGGACUUCAACUCCCAGAAUUCCCUAGCCAGCCAAGUUUUAAGAUGGGUAGACUUCAACUCCCAGAAUUCCCUAGCCAGCCAAGCUUUAAGAUGGGUGGACUUCAACUCCCAGAAUCCCCCAGCGGGCCAAGUUUUAAGAUGGGUGGACUUCAACUCCCAGAAUCCCUCAGCCGGCAUACUUUAAGAUGGGUGGACUUCAACUCCCAGAAUCCCCAGCCGGCAUGCUUUAAGAUGGGUGGACUUCAACCCCCAGAAUCCCCCAGCCGGACAAGCUUUAUGAUGGGUGAACUUCAACUCCCAGAAUCCCCCAGCCGGCCAAGCUUUAAGAUGGGUGGGCUUCAACUCCCAGAAUCCCCCAGCCGUCAUGCUUUAAGAUGGGUGGGCUUCAACUCCCAGAAUCCCUCAGCCGGCGUGCUUCAAGAUGGAUGAAUGUCAACUCCCAGAAUCCCCCAGCCGGACAAGUUUUAAGAUGGGUGGACUUCAACUCCCAGAAUCCCUCAGCCGGCAUGCUUUAAGAUGGAUGAACUUCAACUCCCAGAAUCCCCCAGCCGGCCAAGUUUUAAGAUGGGUGGACUUCAACCCCCAGAAUCCCCCAGCCGGCCAAGCUUUAAGAUGAGUGAACUUCAACUCCCAGAAUCCCCCAGCCAGCCAAACUUUAAGAUGGGUGGACUUCAGCUCCCAGAAUCCCCAGCCGGCAUGCUUUAAGAUGGGUGGACUUCAACCCCCAGAAUCCCCCAGCUGGCCAAGUUUUAAGAUGGGUGAACUUCAAUUCCCAGAAUCCCCCAGCCGGACAAGCUUUAAGAUGGAUGAACUUCAACUCCCAGAAUCCCCCAGCUGGCCAAGUUUUAAGAUGGGUGAACUUCAACUCCCAGAAUCCCCUAGCCGGCCAAGCUUUAAGGUGGGUGGGCUUCAACUCCCAGAAUCCCCCAGCCGGCCAAGCUUUAAGGUGGGUGGGCUUCAACUCCCAGAAUCCUCCAGCCGGCCAAGCUUUAAGAUGGGUGAACUUCAACUCCCAGAAUCCCCCAGCCGGCCAAGCUUUAAGAUGGGUGGGCUUCAACUCCCAGAAUCCCCCAGCCGGCCAAGUUUUAAGAUGGGUGGACUUCAACUCCCAGAAUCCCCAGCCGGCAUGCUUUAAGAUGGGUGGACUUCAACCCCCAGAAUCCCGCAGCCGGCCAAGCUUUAAGAUGGGUGGGCUUCAACUCCCAGAAUCCCCCAGCCGGCCAAGUUUUAAGAUGGGUGGACUUCAACUCCCAGAAUCCCUCAGCCGGACAAGCUUUAAGAUGGAUGAACUUCUACUCCCAGAAUCCCCCAGCCGGCCAAGUUUUAAGAUGGGUGGACUUCAACUCCCAGAAUCCCCAGCCGGCAUGCUUUAAGAUGGGUGGACUUCAACUCCCAGAAUCCCCAGCCGGCAUGCUUUAAGAUGGGUGGACUUCAACCCCCAGAAUCCCGCAGCCGGCCAAGCUUUAAGAUGGGUGAACAACUCCCAGAAUCCCCCAGCCAGCCAAGCUUUAAGAUGGGUGGACUUCAACUCCCAGAAUCCCCCAGCUAACAUGCUUGGAAUCCAAGUCCAGACUUCUUAAAUUUUCCAAAUCUCAGAAACACGGCUUGACGUAUUCAUAUCUAACAUAAAAACCCAUUGCUUCUCAAUAGCUCCUUAAUUGUUUUUCUUUCCCAAAAUAUUGUUUGUGAGGAGGAAAAAAAAUCGCUUUGGAUUUCAGCCAAAGGCCAUUCUCAACAAACCUACACAUUCCGGUGUGAAGUUAGAGUACAACUGGAUGUUUGGGAUGUAGAAAAUAUGAUCGUGGCCAUCUUGAUGGCGAACCAGGACAGGGGUCUCCAACCUUGGCCACUUUAAGACUUGUGGACUUCAAUUCCCAGAAUCCCUCAGCCAGCAAAGCUGGCUGAGGGAUUCUGGGAGUUGAAGUCCACAAGUCUUAAAGUGGCCAAGGUUGGCGACCCCUGAACCAGGAGACCUCCUGAGUGUUCAGAUUUCACGCCGCAGCUCUGCCUUCCAAAGUUUGUUUUGGAGACAAGGGCAAAACACUUGUGGUAUUGUGAUUUUUAUUUUUAUUUUUCCUAAACAAAGCGUGGCGAAGGAGCGAAAAUCCACAAAACGGCAGAUAUACGCAGUCCUUGACUUACGACCGCAAUGGAACCCAACGCUUCUCCAACGCAGGUGUUGUGAAGUGGGGUUUUGCCCCAUCGUACGACCUUUCUUUUCACCGUGGUUAAGCAAAGGUUUCACCGUGGUUAAGCAAAGAUCACGGGACCGCUCCGCCAGGACACUGCGACCGUCAUAAAUACGAAUCAAUUGCCAAGCGUCUAAAUUUGGAUCGCGCUGCCACGGUCCGAAGUCCCCUUUUUUUCAGUGUCGUCGUAACUUCGAACGGUCAUUAAACGAAAGGUUGUAAGUUG